AUGAUUUCCUUCAUCGCCCUUGCGGCUCUAUUUGCCAAUUUUGUCAAUGCCGCACCUCACGCCCAGGAUCACACCGGCGCUGGGCUAAAUGCUCUUGCGCAGAGUCAGGGCAAGCAAUGGUUCGGAAGUGCCGCUGAUAUCCCUGGAACGGCGGAAACAACCGAUGCCGCAUAUUUGAAAAUUCUUCGACACGAGUUUGGCGAGCUCACCCCGGCUAAUGCUUUGAAGUUCAUGUACACAGAACCCGAGCAAAACGUGUUCAACUUCACCGAGGGAGACUACUUCAUGCGCCUCGCCGAGGAGUCCCAGUCUGCAGUACGCUGCCACAACCUCGUAUGGGCAAGCCAACUGUCCGAUUUCAUAACGUCCAAGACCUGGACUGCGAAGGAGCUCACGGCGAUUAUGAAAAACCACAUUUUCAAGACAGUACAGCAUUUCGGAAAGCGCUGCUAUUCAUGGGAUGUCGUCAACGAAGCUCUCAACAGUGACGGAACUUUCUCUUCUAGCGUUUGGUAUGACACCAUCGGUGAAGAAUAUUUCUAUCUCGCAUUCCAAUAUGCGCAGCAAGCUCUUGCUCAGAUUGGCGCUCAGCAUGUGAAGCUGUAUUACAAUGACUACGGCAUUGAGAACCCCGGUACGAAGGCAGACGCCGUUAUAGGGCUUGUUCAGAAAUUACGCAAGCGGGGAAUCAGAAUAGACGGCGUUGGGCUCGAGUCUCACUUUAUUGUUGGCGAGACGCCCUCUCUGGCUGAUCAGCUCACUACGAAAAAGGCGUACAUCAAGGCGGAUCUGGAUGUGGUUGUGACGGAACUCGAUAUUCGAUUCGCUGAAGAGCCAUAUUAUACUCUUAAUGCUCAGAAGCAACAGGCUGCGGACUAUUACACCAGUGUGCAAAGUUGUCUUCAGGCUGGUCGUCGUUGUCUCGGUGUUGUUGUUUGGGACUUUGAUGAUGCGUACUCGUGGGUGCCUGGCGCUUUUGCCGGUCAGGGCGGCGCCACUCUGUUCAAUGAUACCCUCCAGGCUAAGCCGGCGUACUAUGCUGUUGCUGAGGCACUGCAAGGUAAGAAGUGCACUGUCUGCUAA